CUUGCCUAUCCAACGUGGGCCAGACCUGGGACCUGUCCCUGCCCUUCUAGCAGAACCUUCUAGGGAACUUCCGGUCACCUGUCUUACAGAGGAGCCUGUCCCCACCAGCAUCCAGCCCCAGGAUGGGGGAGUUCAGUGAGAAGGCGACGUGCGGAACUGUCUGCCUCAAGUACCUGCUCUUCACCUUCAACUGCUGCUUCUGGCUGGCCGGCCUGGCUGUCAUGGCGGUGGGUAUCUGGACGCUGGCCCUUAAGAGUGACUACAUCAGCUUGCUGGCCUCGGGCACCUAUCUGGCCACAGCCUACAUCCUGGUGGUGGCUGGCGUCGUCGUCAUGGUGACUGGUGUUCUGGGCUGCUGUGCCACCUUCAAGGAACGGCGGAACCUGCUGCGCCUGUACUUCACCCUGCUCCUUAUCAUCUUCCUGCUGGAGAUCAUUGCUGGCGUGCUGGCCUACAUCUAUUACCAGCAGCUGAACACCGAGCUCAAGGAGAACUUGAAGGACACCAUGACCAAGCGGUACCGCCAGCCAGGCCAUGAGGGUGUGACCAGUGCCGUGGACAGGCUGCAACAGGAGUUUCACUGCUGUGGCAGCAACAACUCCCAGGACUGGCGGGACAGCGAGUGGAUCCGCUCGGGCCAGGCGGGUGGCCGCGUGGUUCCUGACAGCUGCUGCAAGACCGUGGUGCCUGGCUGUGGGCAGCGGGACCAUGCGUCCAACAUCUACAAGGUGGAGGGCGGCUGCAUCACCAAGCUGGAGACCUUCAUCCAGGAGCACCUGAGGGUCAUCGGGGCAGUGGGCGUUGGCAUCGCCUGUGUGCAGGUCUUCGGCAUGGCCUUCACGUGCUGCCUCUACAAGAGCCUGAAGCUGGAGCACUACUGAGCAUGCGCAGUCCCGCCGGCCACAGCUCCGCCCAACUACUGAGCUGACACUACUGAGGGCUGUGGAGCCGGGCUCCCAGGGUGCUGGUCCGUCCCCACUCCGCCCAGAAGCGUUCUCCAGUCUGUGCACCCACCCACGCCAGUGACCUCUGGGGACCCCUACCCUCAGAGGGACCCGCAAGUGCCUUUCUCCGCAGACUAAAGGCCUGAGACGCACCCCUGCCGCAGCAGGGAAGAAGUACUUCUGCCUGCUGGGGAGGUCUCGGGGUGCUCCCUGCGCUCGGCCAGAGGGGCUGGCCCACUCUAGGGUGCUCUCAGACUCCCAGAUACACCUUGUGCGGUGGUGGGGGCAAAUCCGAAGGGGGGCACUGCUGGGUGGGGGCGGCGCCAGGGAACACAGGACAGCUCCCGGUAGGCAGUGCCCAGUGCCCACCACUGGACCACAGACCCCUGCCCACUCCCGGGAAAGCUCAGCCAGUCCGUCCUGUGGGUUCUGUGCCUCUGCCCUCCCCAGCCUGGCUUCUGCUGCCCCCAAGCCCCUGCUGGGACUUCCCCACCACUCUCCUCACUCAAAGGCCACACGUUCACUGUGCACUGCCCUGCCCCCUUCCCAGAAGCAGGGGCUUUGUGGGUUUUAUUCACUGCUGUAUCACAAAUGCCUAGAACCGCUCAUGCCACGUGACAGGCGCUCAAUAAACGUUUGUGGAACGGA